AUGCGUGUUUUAUUUCUAUCUCUCGUACUGUUCGAGUUAACAGAUGCUCAUAACUUCUUAUUGGUGUCUCCAGUAUUUGGAUACAGUCAUUUGAAAUUUAUGAGUAAAGUGGGAGACACGUUAGCUAAUGCGGGUCAUAAUGUGCUUGUUGACUAUCACGACGAAAGGAAUGCAGAGAUUAACGAGAACUCGGCGAGUGCUUUCAAGUUCAUGUGGGACACGGAAAUAAUUAAUAAUCCAAUCACAGGAGCAUUGGCUACAUCAUCAGUUUUGUUCAAUGAGAUGAAGGAUAUGUGUGAGAAAGUCCUCUUGGAUAAAGAACUACACAAAUGGAUUUUGUCAAAGAAUUUCGAUGGGAUUAUCUCUGAAACUUUUGACUUUUGUGGUCUAUUCCUUGGUGAUCAUCUAAAAUUGAACAUCAUUCCUAUGCAUUCAUCAACAAUCAGUAUUCCAUCGUUUUACGCAAUUGGAGAACCUUCUCUUCUCAAUUUCAUGCCAUCCAUGAGAACAAAGUUUGGAAAGGAGCAAACAGUUACCGAUCGUGUUGGAGACAUCAUUGCCCUACCAUGUCUCGAAAUGGCAUUCUCAAAACUUUUCGACAAGCAGUACAACCAGGCAACAAAUCUACUCAAAGGAGACGUUAGGCACUGGAAGGAGAUUCUGCAAACCGCCACGUUUUACUUUUCAAAUGGAAAUGACUAUAUAUCUUUCCCUACUCCGUUCGUUCCGAAACAUAUUCGAAUUGGAGGAUUUACAAUUGACCCGCCAAAAAAUUUAAAGCUUGAUGAUGAUUAUGAAAAAAUUCUCGGGCUUCGGAAGUCAACGGUGCUGAUUUCUUUUGGAACAGUUAUUCAGUCAGCUGAUAUGCCGGAUAGCUUCAAAGAUGGAAUCAUUAAAAUGUUCCACAACCUACCAGAUAUUACUUUCAUCUGGAAGUAUGAGGUAGAUGAUGAGAGCCUCAGCAAACGACUCUCCAAGAAUGCGAUUCUGAGAAAAUGGGUUCCACAACCAGCGCUUCUUGCUGACCAACGGUUAAAACUCUUCAUCACUCAUGGCGGACUUGGAAGCACUUUGGAAGUUGCGUACUCUGGAAAACCGGCUCUCAUGAUUCCUGUCUUUGGUGAUCAGCUGCUGAAUGCAAAGAUGCUUAGCCGACAUGGUGGAGCUCAGGUCUAUGAUAAAUAUGAUUUGGCUGAUGGAGAGAAGUUGACUGAAGCUGUUCGAGAAUUUAUAGAAAAUGAUGAUUUCAACAAGAACUCUAACCUCAUUGCGGAUCUUCUCAAGAAUCAACCAAUUGAUCCGAAGGCAAAUCUUCUGAGACACGUGGAGUUCAGUGCGAAGUUCGGGAGGAUCAGCGCUCUAGAACCGUAUAACGUCCAUUAUAAUUUCAUACAGUACUACAUGUUGGAUGCUUAUGCAGUUCUUGUUCUGAUUGUUCUAGUUAUUGUAUAUUUUGUGCAAUUUAUGGUUAGGUUUAUUUAUGGACAGAUGUUAGCCAAAGUUGGAACAUGGAUCGGAACCUAG